GUAGGCAUUUAGGUGAAACAUAAAAAAGUCCACUCGGUCUCCGUGCACAUUAAUCUUGCAGAUGGAACAUAAAAAUAUGUACUGGUGCAGUCAGUGCAGUGUGGUGGAAAACGCUAUUAGAUAAAAUAUUAUCAAAUUAUAAAUGAAUGAUAAUCACAGAAUAUUUAUAAGCAUGUUUAUAUAUCUGUGAUAAUAAUUUAUACAAUGCACUCUGCAUAACUGCACAUUGUCUCACGUGUUGACGCUGGCUUUCAAUUUUUUUUCAUUCAACGAAAAAUAUGACCAUAAACCGAUACUUAUUAUAUUUUUCGUAUAUUGGAACUAGAUUUCGUGGAGUACAACGACAAUUAACUUAUGAUAUGCUACAUAAUGAUGAUCCAUCUUCAGUACAAGGAUUAUUGGAGUAUGCUUUAAAGCAAUUACAACCCCUAAAUAUUCCAAAAUUACAUAUAUCAAGCCGGACAGAUCAAGGAGUUCACUCAUUUAAGUCUUCUGCUCAUUUAGAUUUAGAAUUACCAUAUACCUGUCAUCCCAACAAACUAGUAUUUCAAGUGAAUAACUUCUUAAGCUCAUGUGAAGUUCCUAUCAAGCUAAUUAGUGCUCAAAUAGUUCCUAAUGAUUUCAAUGCAAGAUCAUGUGCAAAGUGGAGAAAAUAUUUAUAUCGAUUAGCAGUUGUCAAACCAGAAUUUAAAGAUCUGUAUGCAGAGAGAUUUGUGUUCCCAAUUCCAAUUACUGAAGUAAAACGUUGUUAUUUUAUUCAGAAAAAUGAUUUUGAUGUAGAACUUGUGAAGAAUGUACUGCCAUUAUUUAUUGGAACUAAAGAUUAYAAAACAUUUAUGGGAAAAUCUGGAAUAAAUACUGAAUUAAGUACGACACGUACAUGGAAUAAUAUUGAAAUAGUUCCAGGCCGUUCAUUUUAUCCGACAGAUAUUGACAAGUAUUACAAUUAUUGGGAUAUUUGGGUCGAUGCAAAAUCAUUUCUUUACAAACAAAUUAGACGUACUGUUGGGGUGCUUAUUAAAGUUGCACAAAAUGUAAUUACAUAUGAUGAUGUUAAGUAUAUGUUUGAUAAUCCAUCAAUUAAUAGUUGGAAUCCAAAAGUAUCAACAGCACCAAGUUAUGGCUUAUAUUUGUAUGACAUAGGAUAUGACGAAAAAGAUUUAAUUUUACCAAUAGAACACAGCAAGUUAGAAGAACCAGUUCAUAGUGAAAGUCCUGUGGAAAUUUCAUUAGAUUUAAAAAAAGAAAUAGUGAAACAACGUAUAGAAAAUCGAAGAGUUGCACUUGAAGCUCGUAUUGCAAAGUCAAUUGAAAAAAUCAAAGAUCAUGAGUUUCUUAGAUCAGUUAAAAAAUAAAAAAAACAGUUUAUUAAGUGUU